AUGGGGCCCGGCCAGGUCGGAACUUCACAGCGAACGACCUCACCACCGUCACCAACCCACCAACGCAAUCGCAACCACUCAAUCGGGAAACAUAUCGACUCCGUCAACCUCGGCUUGUUCGACUGCCCAUCAGCGAGACUUCCGCUGAACGACUUCAGAACAUCCCAAUCCAUUCACCAUGCUGUCCCGUCCUCAAAAGUCAGCCUUGAUCCUUCUAACCUCGUCCUCAUCAUCGAUUGCCUCAUUCUGCUUCUCUUACAAUCCAUGUCUGAGCUGAAGCUCCGUAGACUUACAGAGCACAACCAACGUCUACGAGAAGAUCUCGAACGUCCUCGAAUCCGAGUCUCGGAUGCAAGUGCAAACUUAAUUCGCUUUUGUAAAACGACUCGAGAUUACCUUGUACCCUCCGUUUGGGGACCACUCGGCAAGAGCGAAGACCCUUACGCUCCUCAGGCUGCCGGUGCCAGCUGUUGCUCGGUGGCAUGA